AUGAAAUGCCUCAAAGAUAUAGUGUACAUCUUGAAAGUUCUGUGUCGGCAAGGGCGUACUUCGAUCGGGUUCCCUGAGAAGAGCAUUCUCUUGUGGAAUGCAAUGGUUUCUGGUUACGCCAGUUUGGGGAAGGUUGAAGAAGCAAAGGUUUUUUACGGGAUGCCCAUGAAGGAUGCUGCUUCAAGGAAUUCAUUGAUCUCUGGACGCCAGAGAAAGACAAAAGACGUGGUUUACUCGAUGACCAUGAUCGACAGUUACCUGAAAUGUGGUCGUUACCAUCGUUCUUUUACACUGUUCCAUGUUCUGCAGCUAGUAAAGAUUAGGCCCACUAGUACUUGGACUGCAGUGAUAGUUGGUCUACGCAUGAAUUGUUGCUGCAGAAAAGCUCCAGAGUUCAGGACUCGCCAGAGAGGGUCUCACUAUUUUGAGUCCAUGAGUAAGGAUUACUCCCUUCUACCUAGGAUUGAGCCCUAUGGUUGUAUGGUAUUGGUGGAUCUCCUUGGAUGGGGUGGAUUGCUAGAGGCAGCUCUUGAACCUGACUCAGUCAUUUGGGAUUCCCUCUUCAGCACCUGGCAAGUUCAUAAAAAGGUGGAUGCAGGUGAGAAAGUGAUGGAAAAUCUAUUGAGUAUGGAUCUUGGAAACAGAGGGAGUUAUGUGAUCCUGUCAUGCAUCUAUGCUGGCACUGGUAGAUGGGAUGAUGUUGCUAAAAUGGGGAGGAGAUAG